GUCACGGAAGGUUUUCACCUCUAUCCGCAUUUUCCUAAAUUUUACAUUAUUUCGCAUUCUCCAUACAGUUUUGUUGUUUUAACUUAAUGUGAUAUGUAAAGGAAUUGUGUGUCGUCUAAAAAAAUUUAAAGUCUAUUCCUUUUUGGGGGAAAGAGCCUUCUAAAAAUAGCUUAUUGGCCGAUAUACUUGUAGGAAAAUCUCGUAAGCACCCCAUUCAUAAAACACAUUCAUUUGGUGCUGGGCAGUGGCGGUGCAUAGAUCGGGAGGAUUCAGUGAAUGAACAUUUUCGAAAGCAUCUGUGACUAGCUUCCCAUUUUAUAUCUCGGAUUUUUCGAGCAUCUAAAACACACCAGCUAAAAUGGCUGCGGAAGGUGGUCUCGCUCCAAAUGGCGAUGAUAUGCCAGUUGGGGGUCCUAAGACACCCCAACAGAUAGCAGCACAACGCCGCUUGCAACAAACGCAGGCUCAGGUUGAUGAGGUUGUUGACAUAAUGAAAACGAACGUUGAAAAGGUGUUGGAGAGAGAUCAAAAGCUCUCGGAGCUUGACGACAGAGCAGAUGCCUUGCAGCAAGGUGCUUCGCAGUUUGAACAACAGGCUGGAAAACUGAAAAGCAAAUUCUGGCUGCAGAACCUAAAGAUGAUGAUAAUUGCAGCUGUCAUUGGAAUCAUUAUUUUGGCUCUUAUCAUUGCCAACUUUGUGUGAACAAGUUUCGGUCUGUAAACAUCUGUGGAAUCGGAUCCGAGGUACCUAUUCCAACAGCAAAUCAACGCCAUCACAGCAAACAUCACACAGUUUUAUAAUUUUCAUAGAUUCUAGCGUUGUUAAAUACUUUAUACUGUAAUCCGUAAUACUUCUGGCUACACAAAAACUAUUUUCGUUAUGAUACUACCUAUAUUUAUAGAUUUUAUAUCACUCGUCCUUUGAAUAUUAUCCAUCACUAUCAACAGAGUAAAAAAUUAGAGUAUUUUUAGAAGAUUUUUCUUUGUUAAUUAUAUACCUUAAUAUCAGCAUAAAUUGCUAUUUGCUAAAAGUAUAUAAUGACAUAAGGCUUAUCGAAUAUGAACCAUAUCUUGUAAUUUUAAAUUGUGUUCAAUGAAGCAAAAGUAACUGGAUAUAAAAUUUUAUUUUGUAUUCGGACCAAGUUUCGGUAUUAACCAUAUUCAUUUUAUAUAUCCUAUAUUUUUAAUCUGUCCCCUUUUGGCGGGAAACACCCGUGGGCUGGUUUUUUUAACAAACUUUUUGAUACCUCUAGGCGAUGACCCCAAACGUCUGCUUUGUAGUAAUCUUUGAUAAAAUGAAUUUAUUUGUUGCUUAUAAAUUUUUUAUAACAAUUUUAGACGUUGAAUAGGUACAUAGGUCGUUUGUAAUGGUCUGUAAACUAGUUCAUUUGUAGGCUGGAUUCCUUUAACAUCCAUAAAUUCAUUACGCUUUCGAGAUUUCAAGCUUCAUUUUAUUAUAAAGAAAUAUAUUAAAGUCAUUAUUUACAUUCAAUUUAUUGUACGGAUGUUCAAUGGUUAUAUAAAAAUUUUAGCGAGAUAUUUUUAAUUACCUAUCUAUGCCAUCUUUAUAUAUAUAUAUUGUUACUCUAAUAUCACAUGAGAUAGUCAUAUUAAUGUGCUUUAUUUAAGAUAUCCAAAAUUGUAAUAUUUUCGUCUGAGUGUAUAAUUGUAUGUAUAGCUUACUAGGUAAGUAGUAAAUGUACAAAAUUGCACGAUUAAAAAAAUAUAUCUUUAACAUGUGUUUUUUAAAAUAGUAACGAAUUUUACAUCGCGUAUUUUUUAAUAUAAUUUCUAAUAUCAUAUGAUUGUAGAUAUAUUUCUGCUUUCAUAUUUCAAAGUACACUUGAAAAUUUUGUUUUAUAUUAUUUUGUGAACGCGAUGUAAAAUUAUUUGAAACUAAAUCGUUAUUUGUAAUAUUUGAUAUUGAAUUGAGUCGAAAGUACCAAGACGUAGACGGCCACUUGACUAAUUUCAACUCGAAAUGCCUUUUCAUUUAUACUUGGUGAUAAAAGAUGUUAAGUACAUAUUACAAAUAAUAUAUUUUUUAAAUGUCAAAUGAAAUAGAUAUGGAAUAAUAAAUGCAUAUAAACACGUUGGAAAUGACUUUUAUAUUUUUAAAUUGUAGCUUAAAUACUAUGAUGUAAUGUUGCCAUAUAUAAAAAAUAUGAUUCCAACCGAGUAUAAGUGCAGAUGUAAGUGAGUGGUCGUAUUAGAAGUUUAUUUAAACUUAUGCACUAUGUUAUUGUUGGAUAUAAUAAAAUGUUUAAUCGAAUUUUAGAACAGUUUUGUAUAGAUAUUAUAACUAAAUGAAACCUCCUUUUUUGAAAUGACUACUUCGAACAACAAUAAAUCUAAGAACAGACAACUGAAAUAUAUAUACAAAAGGAAUGAGACCUCAAUUUAACAGAAGUAUAAAAAAUUAUUUAUAUUAUGAGAAAAAGAAUGUCCUUUCAAAAAUCGAGGCCCGAAAUCACUGUAAGGUAAAUACAAAUACACCACAUAUAUGUUUUGUACUAAACAUAUAUUAAUAGGUAAAGGUGAAAAGUAUUAAAAGUUAUGUACAACGAGGACUGGAACUGUCUUAUAAUAUUCUAUAAACUUCACAUUAUUUUAUCAAAGACAGUUUGAAUGUUUGACGUAUUCAAUACCCAAGAACAGCACACCUAAAUUAUAUUCCCCAAUAACACGCUGAAUCUUGUUCAGAAGCUCUACUUUAAUAGUUAAAAUUAAACAAAUAACUAUGGACUUUAUCAAAGACAUUUGGUGAAUAAUAACUAGAAAAUAUUGAAGUAUUUGAUAUUCCUUACUUAAAAAAUAUAUAUAUAAAGUAUAAAACAAAAAGAAUCAUUUUAAUAAUUAUGUAUUAUAAGUAAGAGUUCUCAUUAUCUACUCGAACACGAAAACUUUCUUACUUUCAAUAUAAUAAAUUAUUGGAUAUACAUAUUAUAGCUCCGAAGUUUUAUGAAUGAAAACAAUAGCAACUCUCAUUGUGAAGUCGUGCGAACUCGUACCAGUGAUACAAAAUUCUGAUCUGAUCUUCCUUAAAAUUGUUAGUCAUAAUGUUAGCGGAAUAUACCAGGUGAAUUGUUACCCUUGAGCGUAUUUAGAAUAUCAAAUCUCUAACGAAUCUGAAUACAAAACUAUGAAGUAAAAAAACUUAAUGCUUUUCACCUUUAUUCGCUUUAAGUAUAAUAUAAUCGUAAGUUCACAGUGUAGAAAUAUAUAUUACAAUCAUUUACGAAUUAGAUAAUAAACACAAUUGGACUGUUCGCAUUUUAUUUUAUAUAAGUAUAACAAAUUUUUGUCCAUAUAUAUCUUUUUAGUUAAAUUAAAUGUUAUAGAAAAUUUAAGAAUAACUUGUAAAAUAGUUCCGUAGAUGUUUAUUCACAUUUGCAUGAUGUUUUAAAAACAAUAUUUAUAUGUGAAAUUAACGCUAAAAAUAAUUUAGAUAAAUGAUGUUUAUUCGUAUAUUCAAUAAACUGUAUAGGAUUAAUAACUGAUUAUCAAAUAUUA